CCCUCGGCUUGGUGGGACAACGCCAUGGCCCCCGCCGACGCCCCGUCCGCCCUGGCGCUGAGGGCUGUGGGCCCUGCGGCCGCCACCCCGUACGGUGUCUUCUGCAAGGGCCUCUCCCGCACCCUGCUCGCCUUCUUCGAGCUGGCCUGGCAGCUGCGCAUGAACUUCCCCUACUUCUACAUCGCGGGCUCCGUGAUCCUCAACAUCCGCUUGCAGGGUUUCUCUGGAAUUUGCUGUGUAUUCCAGGCUACCAAAAUCAUGAUCCCUCUGCCAUCACCUUUUGAUUACUAGGUUUACUGAGCUGUGCCAACAAUGGGCUUCAUACUUGCCAGGUGACAUUUUAAAUGUCAGAAAAGUCCCAAGGCGUUUUGCCUAAGCUUCUCCUUGCUAAAAUUUGUAGGCUAAAUAAGUGUUCUGAAGGAAAAAAAAAAGUCAGAGUUUUAUUAACGUUAUUUAAUUUUAUUAAUAUUAUUAAUUUUAACAAAUUUUACUA